AUAAGCGGUAGGUUUGCAAGUUGUUAUAUGAUAUCGCUAGUUUAUGGAUAUUGGACAUUUAGUGUCUUUGGUUAUUUUAUUGUCAUUUAUUUUUGAAAAUGCUUCGCAAGUAGACGGAUAUGCAACACUAUUCUUAAAGUUUGUUAACAUUACAGUGAGUUCGUCAAGUGGACAUUGCAACUCUUUCUCAAGACCAGAUUACUGUGAUUUGUACUUUAAAAUUUGCAUAGGUGAUCAAAAUUCGAGGGGGUGCAACAUUUUAGAUAUGAGAACACCGAAAUCUUCUUUAAUGAACCAGAAUUCUAUAUCUUUUGGUGAUUUAAUAGACUAUAUACCAAACCCACUGUCCAGAAUAAUAAACAAACUUCCGUCUAAAUUGUACUUGAAGAUCGAAGUUUGGGAUGCAGAUUAUUCUUUUUCUGAUUUAGAUGACCAUUUGACAACAUUUGAGGAUAAUGCAUACAUGUACACUGUGUAUCCAUUUGAGACUGGUGGUUCAUCACUCCUUUCUUCUUACCGUUAUCAUAAAAUAUCUCGAAAUAUAACGCAAGAUUACAUAAAUAUGUAUGUAGCAGUUUGGGCUGUUUGUAAUCGUGGCAGCUAUGGAAGUGACUGUAGCGUCAACUGCGUCCCACAAAAAAGAGUACGGCACUAUGGUUGUGAUAUUUCAACAGGUGCAAAGGUGUGUAUUCCUGGGUGGUUUGGUGAUGAAUGUAACAAAGUUGAUCACUGUGGUAUAUUAACACCAUGUGGCCCCAUGGGAACGUGUACUAAUACUCAUGUUGGAUACACUUGCUCCUGUAAACAUAAUUUUACAGGACCACAUUGUUCAGAACCCCCGAAUCAAUGCAGUCCAUUACAAGAUUUUUGUCAAAAUGGAUUUUGCUUACUAAAGUAUCUUGAUGAAGGAAACAGGAGUUUAUCCGAUCCAAUUCCAUACUGUGCUUGUAUACCCGGGUUUACAGGCAAAUGGUGUGAAUUGGAUAUAGAUGAGUGUUCAAUGAAACCGAAUAAUAAUGGUAGCAACAAAAGUAUUAAUAUCAACCACCAUAUAACAUCAUCUUGUAAUGUAAAUUCAAUGUGCGAAAAUCUCUAUGGAAAUUUUCGUUGUUUUUGUCAAAAUCAGUGGACUGGUCUACGUUGUAACACACCUCCAACUUUAUGGCCUGAUCAUUAUAAACCCAUGGUUAAUUCAAAUGGUUUACCUGACUUUAUAAAUUUUAAAAGAGUAAAUUUAUCAACCGUCUCAUUAGAAAACAACAAUGAUGACGUAAUAGUAAGAAAAGUAAUAGAAAAAGCAAAUAACAGUUGGAUAUAUGUGCUUAUCAGUGUAUUUAUUGUUCUGUGUCUUAUUUCAUGUGGAAUAUUAUAUUAUAUGUGUUGGAGACAAAAACGUUUAUGUGGUUUCUAUAGAAUGGGUUGGAAUCGUGAACCUAUAAUAAUACUGAACAAUUCAACUGUAAACAGAAAUGGUGAAGUGUACAAUAUUUUACAAAUACGAUCUAUAAUACAUUUGUAAACAGUCAUAAUAAUAAUAAUAAUAUUGUUGUUGUUUUUUUGUAAAGAAAAAACUAGGUGUAUUAUGAAUGGUGUACACUAUUUGAAAUACACUAAUCAUAAUCAGUUGACAAUAGAUAUUAUUACAUAAUAUAAAUGAUUUACAUGUUUGUUAUUGAAUGUUACAUAGUUAUUACUUAAAUUGCAAUUAAAAUUACAUAAUUCUAUAUCAUUUACUAUUUUCUAAUGAAUAAUCCAUUUGAACCUCAGGACCUACGGGUUUCGCGCGCAAGCACUUAACCAACUAGAUCACUGAGCCGGCAUCCAACGAUGUUGUUAAUGUCUAACUUCCACCAAUCCACAAAGUCGUGGAUGUGCACUGCCAGGAAGGAGUCCUAUACUAGGACGAAACGGUCGUCCAGUGCUUCCAAGUUUUCCAUGGUGGUCUAACUUCAUUUGACUCAUGAUUUCAACUAGUGAAAUUUCUAGAAUCUCCACAAAACCCCUUCUGAGAAUAAUCCAUUUGUUUGCUUGUUUUUUUCGUGAGACUGAACGAACCAAUUAGGUAUAAGAUAACAAAUCUCGAAUUUUGACAUGAAAUUCACUCAGUCAUUUGGAUAAAUAGAGUUUUGGUAAUAUAAUUUGUGUUAAUUCACGAUGAAAAUCGUAAAUCUAAUUUCUAACUUAAAUCAUUAAGUGUAAAUCGUAAUUUUAAUUCGUCAUACAGGUUUAUAACCUUUAUUUGGUCCUGGUUAUUAGGUGAACACUGUCAAGGUUAGUCUGGCGUCGCUCAAAGGUCGUCCAUAAAUUAUAGUCUCACCGUAUUUUUUUAAAAAACGUUCCGUGUAUGUCAAUAAUUUGAAAUAAUUAAAUUCAAUAACUUAUAUACAACUAAGUAGAAAGAUUUUUGUUUUGUUUAAAUUUUUAGAAUGAAGAUUGUAGUCAUUCCAAUAGUUGAAUUCAUGAGUUGAUCUAAGCUAGAACAUUAUUAAGGAGUCCUGUACUAGGAUGAAAUAAUCAUCCAGUGCUUUCAAGUGUUCUAUGGUGAUUUAGCUUAAAUUGACUCCUGAAUUCAACUAUUGCUUAAGUUUAUCAAGCAAAAUAAAUUCAUGGAAAGAAUAAAGUCAAUUAACCUUUAUACAUUCGCACCGCUAGCUAAUAUAUUACCGAUACAUACAGUCCAGUUUCUUGAUAAAUCUAAAUAAAGCGCGAACAAUAAAUUUGCAUAAUAACAUAAACUCAUUAUAUUAAAAGGCUUAUUAUCAGGUACAAACAACUUAACUUUACGUUAAUAGUAUAAUUAUAGAAAUUUUUAUAUACUGCAAUCAAUAUAGUUUAGUUCAAAGAUAUAAGAAACAAGAAAAAGAAACUACAUAUUCAGGAUGAUCAUUAAGAUUGACUAAUAGGUCCUGGGUUCGAAUCCCGCGGGGUGCGGGAUCGUGGAUGCGCACUGCUGAAGAGUCCUAUACUAGGGUGAAACGGCCAUCCAGUGCUUCCGUGUUUUCCAUGGUGGUGUCGCUUCAAUUGACUCAUGAUUUCAACCAUUGAAAUUUCUAAAAAUCUCCACAAAACCCAUUCUGGUAAUAUUUAUAUGUUAUAGGAUGAGAAAGGGGCGGAGUUAUAAAUGAUAAUAAAGAGAAAUUGAAUCAUAAAAAAAUUGUUAUAUAUAAAAUAUAUAUAUAGUCCAUUUAUCAUUUUUAUGUAGUUCCAAAGUACUAUUUACUACAAA